UGAGUCGAGUCAUUUUGAAUUCCAGUGAACAAAGAAGAAGCUCGUAAUCUGUCGCGUGCGCGAGUGCCCACCGCGAGCCAGCCAGCACUGACCAGAAGAAGAAUCGCUAUAAGGUGAACUGGCUGCGAGUGCCCACCGCUCCUCAGAGUUCCGGCUUUCACUUCCUUGGCACGGACGUUCGUCUAAUGACACCAUGGAGUCCAUUAUUCUGUCAAAUUCUCCGCAACAAUUUAUCACGCGUCAUUGGAAGAAGAGCUGGGCUUCGCAAGAAAGGUACCACUCCGGAGAGCUGACACAGCCGCGGGGCCCACAGAAGGAACCCCCAGCAGUCAGUGGGUCUGGCGAGCGGUUGCUCCCCGAGGAGGACACGUCGCACGCUGGCUGUUGGCUGCGCUACGUCUCGUUCGUGGUGUCCAUUGCCCUGGCCAUGUCGGCGACGCUGUUCACGUUUACCGCCGUCCUCGUGGCGCGCAUCGGGUCCUGCCAGCGCGGCUGCUUCCCCCUCCCCAAGGACCUGAUCCUCUCGCUCAACCGAGACGUGCAUCCGUGCGACGACUUUUACGGGUACGUGUGCAGUGGCUGGGACGCCGAGCACGGUCACCGGACACCGAUAGACAGGUACCGAAUAACGUUCACGCGGCGCGUCAUCAAUGCCAUACUGCUUGAGAAAAUCCCCCUGCGUUCCACGAAGGCGAAGGGAAAGGCUGCAGGAUUGUUAUUCCGAUGCCUCAGCCAGAGUGAGCGGGAAGGGAUAGACAAGAUGAAAACAUUUCUCGGUGAUCUGGGUCUUCCUUGGCCGAGCAAAUCAUCUUCAUCUCGGCCACAGCUCCUCAACAUCCUGGUGCGGGCGUCGCUCGAGUUUGGUAUGCCAAUGUUCUGGGCCUUCUACGUGGGUCGCCAUCCGACCCGCACUUCCGAGAGCACCAUCUACAUGACGCUCGACCCGCGCUGUAUGGCGUGGAUUAGCGACAUCGAGGCACUCAGGAUCCGAGGAAAAGAAGACGCCUAUCUGAGACGCUGCGCUGAGGUCGUUGGUCGCGAAGGCCAGUCCUACUCCCGCAUGAUCAGCGACGUGCUAGACAUCCACUUCGCCAUCGUCGAUCUCGUGAGAAGUCACUGGUCCGAAUCCGCCACUCCUGCUUACAACAGUCUGAGUGAUCCCGACCUUCGGCGGGCAAUCAACGGCCACCUUCCCGAUGAUGCACAGAUUUGGCCACAGGACGAGGUGCUCAACCUUCAGCCCAACUUAUUCGCGCAGCUGGACGCGAUGUACCUGAGUAAGAGCGAGUUCCAGGAGAGAUUCAAACUGUUCCUCGGCGCCUACGUUGUUUGGGCGCUGUCCCCGAUGCUAUCCCAAUAUUUGACGAGCAGCAUGCUCGGCUACAUGAAUCGAGAAGAGAGCAAACGAGACUACCGUUUCCUCAGGUGCAUCGAAGCGAUUGAGUCUCUGUUGCCGCUUGUCAUGUGGCAGUUCCAGCAGGACGCUCAACAAGACCCCGCGCUCUCGUGGAACAUGGUCCGCUUGAGCGUACAUUCGGUGAGCUCUUGGAUACGCACGUACGGAGAGUCGACCGAGCAGCUCGCCAAUGCCAUCACGACAAAACUGGCGUCCAACGCCUUCAACAUGACCAACACUUGGGACUUGCUCGACGACGCGUACAGCUAUUUUCCCAACUCCACGGCCGCGUCAUUCUUCGAUUCGUACCGAAGAGGAGCCCAGGCUACCGCCAAGUUUUUCAAGAACUCGCUGCGUCAGCCGGAACACAGCAUUUAUCACGUGCCCGGACUCGCCGGUCUCCGAUUGUACCAAGUUCUUACGGCACGCGAGGUGGUGGUCUGUCCCUUCCUGGUGAGCCCACCGCUCUACGAAAGUUGGCAUCCGCCAUCGAUACUUGCAGCGCUGGCGGGAACUGACACUACGGGCCAGAUUUUGGCCGUUCUCAAACUAUUCUUCUUCUACAACGAUCGGUUCGAGGCUUACAGCGAGGCCCGCCUGGACCACGGGGCGCGAAAUAUGCUUGCGAGCAUGCGGCGUUUCUCGGAGUUGGUGAAAGCCAGCGAUAUCAUGAAGAAUGCGAGCCUGCGCGAAAAGGACGACGUGUGCUCGGCAAGCACCGCAGCACACACCGCCAGCCUCAUGCUAGACGUGAUGGAGCAGCGCCACGCACCAUCCGCGGCUGGCCACCAUGUUGCUCCGACCCACGGCAAAACCCACUGGCUCUACGAGAACGAGCGUGUGUUCCAGGAAUUCCUGCCCGAGCAAAUCUUCUUCAUGCUCAGUUGUUUCUAUCAUUGCGGGAAUGCCGGAAGCAGGCGUCAGGGAAAGAUCGGCAUUUGCAACAUCGCUCUCCCGGCGUCGCCGCGGUUCCGGCGGGCAUUCAAGUGCAGCCCCGAACGACUACUCGUCACGAACUUCACGUGGCCAGAGCCCCCAGAACCGACCACCGCCGCGCCGUAGUUCCCUCGGUGUCAUCAUAAGCUCCAAGUCGAGCGUAGCUGAUUGCUGGAGAGGGACUUGCGCCUUGCGAAAGAUUUUGGAGGAAAGACCGUGCGUUUGUGUGUCUAGUGCUUUAUCUACCUUUGGUUUAUUAGACACUUAUAGCUUUUUCUUUCUUGCUCUCUUGCCAUACUCUUAUUUGCUGUGUUUUCGCUCUAUCGUAGAGACAGCGCUGCGUGCUACAUUAAUGUAUUGAUAAUGUUUCGUUCUUUUUGGAUACUUCACGCGGUGCUUAGCGUGCUGCAUUUGACCUUGCUCAGCAGGGUACCCGAAACAGUUUACUCGGAGGUAUACAUUGUGGUGACUUGAGGAACAAUGGUGAUCUGGCUAAGCGGCUUUAUUUUGGCACUUAGACAGCAACGUGUGUGACUUGUAUAUGGUGAAACAAAGCGUUACGUGGAGUUCACUCCGACAUGUCUUUUAUUUUUGCUUGUUUCUGAUAGCUUAUUGUACGCCGUGCUGUGUAGUUUAUCAAUUGCCAUAUUUUGAUGAAUAACUUGGUGAAAGAAGAGUGAGAAAAAUGCCUCGCCAUGUGAUUUGCCGUGGUGCGCAGGUUAUAUGGCCUAGGUUAUGUGGAUUUGCAUACGGAAUGCGGGGAACGCUUUGUGUAUGCUAAAAGCGUUGGCAUUUCCUACAGAGACUGUGAGUGACUAUAGCCUUUUUUAAAGUUGAAUGUUUUUUAAUGUUUUACUUUGCAAUGUUAAAAGAUUUCCCAAUUUUAGCCGAUAGCUUCUAAAACUCACAUGGCCUUCAUAUCAUGUUUGCGAAAUGGAUGUUUGCUCUGUGCGGUUAUUGUCCUUAAUUCCUGUCUAUGCACAUCCAUUUAUAUUUAUGCUGUGGCCCAACAUGUGUGCAUUGUGGUCCAACCUACGUGAAUCAACCAGAUGUGUAAUAGUACUAUGCAGACUGCCCAACGGACGUUCUUUUCCGCAACAUGUGUUCAACAAACUCUUAAUCUCCGCUAGCGCGUGAUAAUGUUAUAACGAUAACUCUGAUAGUGCUCUUGGCAUCACCUGUACGUGAGCUCGAUAUUUUAGGCGACUAUGCCAGUGUCUUGUAAGAGUAGCGUUACUUGCUCGCUUUGCAUAUGUAUUAUGCAUAUACAAAGGGAUUUAUAAGUUUUGCAUAACGCUCAUUAAUAGCUGGACCACCACUCUUGACACGCCGCUGCUGUGGUUGUGACUAAUUGCUAAGCAGUUGCUUGUAAAUGUUUUAAGCCACUGGAAGCAAGUGGCCAGGAAGUUGGGCGUUCGCUUAAGGACAACGAAAAAUAAACUUAAUGCUGAACAGCACUCGAGCGAGGCGAUCGUAUGUAGAUCCUCCGCUCUGCAGUGGGCGGUCUCUCCUGUCCAGGAGCCUAGUGGCCUUAGCUGCCUUUCUCGCAUGGUUGACCAGUUCGAGCUGGUCCGUCGAGUCGGAGCUAGACGGCGCUACCUUCCAUUGUCGUGUGGUUUCGGGUGUCAUAGGUGUAAGCUCUAGCGAGCUCUUCCACAUGCCCAUAUCAUGUGGUAGAGUAUUGCGCAUUCACCACAGUGGGGUCAUUUAUAAGAAUGCAGCGCAGGGUCUAUUGUAUGGUACAGACUCAAAUGUGUAUAUGCGUGUGUAGUUUCCGCCAUACUACAAUUUCCUCUCGCGUAAGCUUUAUGCGGCGGCGGUUCUAUUCUUCGUGACAGGCAGUACGUGUUGUAAGAUGUGCGUGUCGGUUAAUGGUGGUCGCCGAACUCAAACUAGUAUAGCUUUCGAAGCGCACAUGCUUUGUCGUGCUGUGUGUCGCGCUCUGUCGCACUUCUCCGUCGUGCGCUUCUCCUGCAGAGAUGCGGCGCUUCAUCGGCAGCCAAUGUCCGUCGUCACGCUGUCUUCAGUGUCGUCGUGACGCCGUGGUCGUUACACUGUCGAUAUUCCGUUGUCAUCAUGCUGUCGUUUUCAUUGCGCCGACAUAAUCUGCGUCAAAUCACCGUCGUCACACUGUCGUGCCGUCUAUGCAAGAGUGUUCACGAUAAAUCGUGCCACCAUCAUCAGCCACCUUUAUUGACGUCAGCAGUCUAGAUCGGAAGUAUUGCGAGCGUUUCUUUUUUAAAUUUUGAUGUAAAAAUGAAAAUGUAAGCUUCGUCAGAGCCGGCUAUCAUAAAAUCCUAAAUUAGUUGCUCAAGCAACAACAAAGAAAGCACGAGAAGGAAGAAAAUAUUAACAAGUGCUGUUCACAGACAAACAUGUCGUAAACAUGCAUUAAGACUCUACAGGCGCCAGCACGGAAAACACAGUGUAGUAUAAGUCAUAGGAUGGUCACGCAGCACACAGGAGUGAGAAAGUCCAACACGAGACCUUUCACCUAUAAGUAUAUAAGGAUAAUACGUCCGCGACACCAAUACACUAGAAAAAU